GCCGCCGCCGCCUCAGGAGGGGAACAACGCCGGGGAGCGGGAUGACGAUGUGCCUGCAGAUAUGGUCGCAGAAGAAUCUGGUCCUGGCGCACAAAACAGUCCCUACCAGCUUCGUCGCAAAACCCUUUUGCCUAAAAGAACAGCUUGUCCUGCAAAGAGCAGCAUGGAGGGGGCUUCCACUUCAACUACUGAAAACUUCGGGCAUCGAGCCAAACGUGCCAGAGUGUCUGGAAAAUCCCAAGACCUCUCAGCAGCCCCCGCCGAACAGUACCUCCAGGAGAAGCUGCCGGAUGAAGUGGUUCUGAAGAUCUUCUCCUAUCUGCUGGAGCAGGAUCUCUGCCGAGCCGCUUGCGUGUGCAAGCGGUUCAGUGAGCUGGCUAACGAUCCCAUCUUGUGGAAGCGUUUAUACAUGGAGGUGUUCGAGUACACGCGGCCCAUGCUGCAUCCAGAACCCGGCAAGUUCUAUCAGAUUAAUCCGGAAGAAUACGAGCAUCCCAAUCCUUGGAAAGAAAGCUUCCAGCAGUUGUACAAAGGAGCCCACGUCAAGCCGGGAUUUGCCGAACACUUCUACAGCAAUCCUGCAAGAUAUAAAGGAAGAGAAAACAUGUUGUAUUACGACACCAUCGAGGACGCCCUGGGAGGCGUGCAAGAAGCUCACUUCGACGGGCUGAUCUUCGUUCACUCCGGCAUCUACACCGACGAGUGGAUUUACAUCGAGUCUCCCAUCACCAUGAUCGGCGCAGCCCCUGGAAAAGUGGCGGACAAAGUCAUCAUCGAGAACACUAGAGAUUCGACCUUCGUCUUCAUGGAAGGCUCCGAGGACGCCUACGUCGGGUACAUGACCAUCAGGUUCAACCCCGACGACAAAUCCGCCCAGCACCACAACGCGCAUCACUGCCUGGAGAUCACCGUCAACUGCAGCCCCAUAGUAGACCACGGCAUCAUCCGAAGCACCUGCACGGUUGGGUCGGCGGUGUGCGUCAGCGGCCAGGGGGCCUGUCCCACCAUCAAGCACUGCAACAUCAGCGACUGCGAGAACGUCGGGCUCUACAUCACCGACCACGCGCAGGGGAUCUACGAGGACAACGAGAUCUCCAACAACGCCCUGGCGGGCAUCUGGGUCAAGAACCACGGAAACCCCAUCAUCCGACGGAAUCACAUCCACCACGGGCGCGACGUCGGGGUGUUCACGUUCGAUCACGGCAUGGGCUACUUCGAGAGCUGCAACAUCCACAGGAAUCGCAUCGCGGGCUUCGAGGUGAAAGCGUACGCCAACCCCACGGUCGUGCGCUGCGAGAUCCACCACGGCCAGACGGGCGGCAUCUACGUCCACGAGAAAGGCCGCGGGCAGUUCAUCGAGAACAAGAUCUACGCGAACAACUUUGCAGGCGUCUGGAUCACCUCCAACAGCGACCCGACAAUAAGGGGCAAUUCCAUCUUUAAUGGAAACCAAGGAGGAGUUUACAUCUUCGGAGACGGGCGAGGCCUCAUCGAAGGAAAUGAUAUUUACGGCAACGCGCUUGCCGGGAUUCAGAUCCGAACAAACAGCUGCCCCAUCGUCCGACACAACAAGAUCCACGACGGGCAGCACGGAGGGAUCUACGUGCACGAGAAAGGGCAAGGAGUGAUCGAGGAGAACGAGGUGUACAGCAACACCCUGGCCGGGGUCUGGGUGACGACGGGCAGCACCCCGGUCCUGAGGAGAAACCGAAUACACAGCGGCAAACAGGUCGGGGUUUACUUCUACGACAACGGACACGGCGUGCUGGAGGACAACGACAUCUACAAUCACAUGUACUCGGGGGUUCAGAUCAGAACCGGAAGCAACCCCAAAAUUAGACGCAACAAAAUCUGGGGCGGCCAGAACGGAGGGAUCCUCGUGUAUAAUUCCGGUCUGGGAUGUAUAGAAGACAAUGAAAUUUUCGAUAACGCGAUGGCGGGCGUCUGGAUCAAGACAGACAGCAACCCCACCCUCCGAAGAAAUAAGAUCCACGACGGGCGAGAUGGCGGCAUCUGCAUAUUUAACGGGGGGCGAGGGCUCCUGGAAGAGAACGACAUCUUCAGGAACGCCCAGGCGGGCGUCCUCAUCAGUACCAACAGCCACCCCGUCCUGAGGAAAAACCGGAUAUUCGACGGGUUCGCCGCAGGGAUCGAGAUCACAAAUCACGCCACCGCAACGCUGGAAGGCAAUCAGAUCUUCAACAACCGGUUCGGGGGCUUGUUUCUCGCGUCGGGCGUGAACGUGACGAUGAAAGAUAACAAAAUAAUGAACAAUCAAGACGCCAUCGAGAAGGCCGUCAGCCGGGGCCAGUGUCUCUAUAAGAUCUCCAGUUACACCAGUUACCCCAUGCAUGACUUUUACAGGUGUCACACCUGCAACACCACGGACCGGAACGCCAUCUGCGUCAACUGCAUCAAGAAGUGCCACCAGGGCCACGACGUGGAGUUCAUCAGGCACGACAGGUUCUUCUGCGACUGCGGGGCCGGGACGCUGUCCAACCCCUGCACGUUAGCCGGCGAGCCCACCCACGACACGGACACGCUAUACGACUCCGCUCCGCCUAUAGAGUCCAAUACGUUGCAGCACAACUGAGUCCCUUCCCGAAGGCAGAGUCCCCCGCCGCCGCCGAGCGACCCCCCCCCCCGCCCCCACCCCUCCCGUUACCUGCCCGGACUCUCUUUUGGAGGAAGAAGAUCCCAAACCCCCGCCCGUUUCCGCAGGAAGAGGCCGCCUCCCGGGGGGAUGCGCGGGAAAAAAAAGGCGUCGACACUAGGAAGCUCAACCUACCAAAAAGAAAGUGGCAAUAUGUUGACUCAGGAUAAUGGAACUGGGCGUUUUAGCAUUACUGUGCGAAAGACUCUGGGAAGGGACAGAAGUGAAGACAAAUAAGCUGCAAUUUUGUACAGAUACCCACCCCCCCGACAAGCUGGCGUUUUUACAACUCGCAUCGAAACGACCGCAGUCCGACCUCCGCCGUCUUACCGUUCAGCAGACAGAGCGGCGUCGCCCGCUGCCUUCACGGACAUGGGUACCGAUUUGCUUUUGUAACAUGGUAAAAGAAAAAAGAGAAAAAAGGAAAAAAAAACAAAAAAACGUGAGCUAGCACUUCCGCAUUUCUUUCGAUUUUUUCUUUUUUUUUUUUUUUAACACGUAUUCGGAUUGAGAACGAUGAUUUUUAAGGCUUUAAUCUCAUGUAGUUUGUUUUUAAUUUUGCGCAGAAAUCUUUAUUGUACUUGAAUGGGUCCCGUUUCGUUAGCACACCUAGACUCACUGUACCUGUACUCGUGUCCCAGUAUGUACGUACGUUCUUUCUAUGAAAGAGAAAACACUAAUCUUAAAUUAUAUCCAGCAAUGUUUCUGGUAUCCUUUAAGAACGUUAGGCUUCUCUCCCGCCCCCACACCCCGCCAGCGAUGGAGACCUCCCGUGGCCCCCGACUCCCCCGGUAGAAAGCGAGUGUUUUAACGAGACUUACGAGGAAGGAAUGCACUGUAAAGAAAAAACAAAAAAAAAAACACAAAAAAACAAGUAUUCUGGGGUUCCCCCGACGCCCGCCCCCCGCGACAGGUAAAAUUCGGUCAACACAGACUUACGAUGUUUUCCGCGUCCGCUUCCGAAAGUCUCCUCGAAACAGUCCCGGAUUUUUACUCUGUUCAUAGUUUUUUUUUGAACAGCCUAGACUUUACUUACGGAACCGCGGGAAGUGCGACCGAUUUCCCGCUCUAACGCAGCUGAGACAAGUAUAUCUACAGCCCUAUACAGUUUCAUAGCUUCUUUUUUUUUCUGUUUCUCUCGUUUCGUUUUGUUUUUCCAUUUACGUGUAUUGGUGACCGUGGGUAAUCAAACAGCCUGAAAGUGUAUGCAUGUACCAUAACAUCUAGACUUAAUAUAUUGUGGAGUAUUCAAUAACCAUUAUGUAGAGGGUAGGUAUGAAUUAAAAGGGUUUAAUUUCCUAGGAAAGAAAAUGGAAAAAAAUGGUCAUUUUUAAAAAAUAAAGUUUAUUAGAUCAUGA